CAAACGAAAUAGAAAAUACAAAACAUGAACUAGACUAGAGUGAAAUUAGAAAUCUAGGACUAAACGUGCCUACAUUAUUAUUUUUUUUUAAUUAGCAAAAACUUUUCAUAAACAUGGAUUUAACUAACGAUGGAACAGUUCUGAAUUGCAUUAGAUCUACUCCUGACUUGGAUUUAAGUUUUAAUUCUGACUUCAAUAGUUUUCUAGACCUAGAUUUAAGUUUGCCGGCAAGUGUUGCUGGUAUAAACACAAGCGACUUAGGCGCAGUCGUAGACAACAGUCACAACAUCAAUAGUAGACCUAAUAAUGUUCAUCGUUCAUUGCAACUCAAUAAUUUCGUCGCAGAUUAUGGAGUUACUAACUGCCCUAACUGUGCACAAAUCAAAGCGAUGUACGAGCGCCAAUACCAAGAUCACCGCUAUAAUACCCAACUACUUAAGAAGAGAAUCAUUUCAACUGAUAAGCUGCUGAGACGAUACAAGUUUAAACAAGAUGAGUGUGAACACCAGGCAAAGAUAAUACAGUUUUUGAAUACACAGAUUGAGAAAAUGAAUAGGGACGCUGACAUCUUAGCUUGCCAACUUCAAAGCUUGUUGGUUGAAGUUAAUCCUUUGAAAGAGGAAAAGGCAGCCUUAGAAGAGAAGCUGAAAACCAAAGCUUUUGAAAUGGAAAGACUUGUUGAUAGAAUAGAGUGCAAUGAGGCUUUGUUUAGACAAAGAAGAGCAGUGGAUGAGCUCAACAAGAAAUUGGAGGUAGAAUUGGGAAAUGUCAAAAGGAGUAACAGUAAACUAGUCACCAAGUUCAAUGCUCUAACCUCAAGCCACUAUGAUUUGAAACGGGUGAAGAAAAGUUUGUUGAGUCGAGUCAAUGUGAAUGAGAAAAGAUUGUCAGUAUGUGCUAAGUCCCUGGCAGAAGGACAGGACUUGGUCAGGAAGUAUUGGAGAAUAUUGAAAGAAAAUGGUUUGACAGGAGAUGACAGACCAAACAUCAUUCCAAAUGGCUAUCAGACCUUUUUAAAACAAGCGAUUGCUGGAAAACUCACUGAAACUGAGGAGACAGAAAAGAAUCACAACAAUUCAGGGCCGCAAGCUGAUUCUAAUGAUGACUUAGACAAUGACUCUUCUGAUGAGGAUGAAGAUGUAUCUAGCCCAGUGCACACACCAAAGCCUAGAAAUUCAAGCGCCAGUGAUAAAGAAGAAUCAAGUCCUGUACGCACACCAAAGCCACAAAAUUCAGGCUUCAGUGAUAAAGAUAAAUCAAGUCCUGUACACACACCAAAGCCAACUAAUUCAGGCUUCACGGACGAAGAUGAUUCUUCUGAUGAGGAUGAAGAUGUAUCUAGCCCAGUGCAAACACCAAAGCCAAAAAAUUUAGGGUUCAGUGAUAAAGAUAAAUCAAGUCCUGUACACACACCAAAGCCAACUAAUUCAGGCUUCACGGAUGAAGAUGAUUCUUCUGAUGAGGAUGAAGAUGUAUCUAGCCCAGUGCAAACACCAAAGCCAAAAAAUUUAGGGUUCAGUGAUAAAGAUAAAUCAAGUCCUGUACACACACCAAAGCCAACUAAUUCAGGCUUAACGGAUGAAGAUGAUUCUUCUGAGGAUGAAGAUGUAUCCAGCCCAGUGCACACACCAAAUCCUAAAAAUUCAGGCUUCAGUGAUAAAGAUAAAUCAAGUCCUGUACACACACCAAAGCCAACAAAUUUAGGCUUAACGGAUGAAGAUGAUUCUUCUGAUGAGGAUGAAGAUAUAUCUAGCCCAGUGCAAACACCAAAGCCAAGAAAUUCAAGUACCAGUGAUAAAGAAGAAUCAAUUCCUGUAUGCACACCAAAGCCGAAAAAUUCAGGUUUCAGUGAUAAAGAUAAAUCAAGUCCUGUACACACACCAAAGCCAACAAAUUCAGGCUUAACGGAUGAAGAUGAUUCUUCUGAUGAGGAUGAAGAUGUAUCUAGCCCAGUGCAAACACCAAAGCCAAAAAAUUCAGGCUUCAGUGAUAAAGAUAAAUCAAGUCCUGUACACACACCAAAGCCAAAAAAUUCAGGUUUCAUUGAUAAAGAUAAAUCAAGUCCUGUACACACACCAAAGCCAAAAAAUUCAGGUUUCAUUGAUAAAGAUAAAUCAAGUCCUGUACACACACCAAAGCCAAAAAAUUCAGGUUUCAUUGAUAAAGAUAAAUCAAGUCCUGUACACACACCAAAGCCAACAAAUUUAGGCUUAACGGAUGAAGAAGAUUCUUCUGAUGAGGAUGAAGAUGUAUCUAGCCCAGUGCACACAUCAAAUCCAAAAAAUUCAAGCACCAGUGAAGAUAAAUCAAGUCCUGUACACAUACAGAAGCCAAAAAAUUCAAAUGCCAUUGAUAAAGAUAAAUCAAGUCCCAUACUUACAUUGAAGCCAAAAAAUCCAGGUGUAAGUGAUGAACAUGACUCUUCUGAUGAGGAUGAAGAUAUAUCUAGCCCAGUGCGCACUUCAAAUCCAAGAAAUUCAGGCUUCAGUGAUAAAGAUGAAUCAAGUCCUGUACGCACACCAAAGCCAAAAAAUUCAGGCCUCAAGGAUGAAAAGGAAUCAAGUCCUGCACCCACACCAAAGCCAGCAAAUUCAGGCCUCAGUGAUGAAAAGGAAUCAAGUCCUAUAUGCACACCAAAGCCAACAAAUUUAGGCCUCAGGGAUGAAAAGGAAUCAAGUCCCGUAUGCACAUUAAAGCCAAAAAGUUCAGGCUUCAUGGAUGAAAACGAAUUUAGUCCUGUCCCCACACCAAAGCCAACAAAUUUAGGCCUCAGGGAUGAAAAGGAAUCAAGUCCUGUAUGCACAUUAAAGCCAAAAAGUUCAGGCUUCAGGGAUGAAAAGGAAUUUAGUCCUGUCCCCACACCAAAGCCAACAAAUUUAAGCCUCAGGGAUGAAAAGAAAUCAAGUCCUAUAUGCACAUUAAAGCCAAAAAGUUCAGGCUUCAGGGAUGAAAACGAAUUUAGUCCUGUCCCCACACCAAAGCCAACAAAUUUAGGCCUCAGGGAUGAAAAGGAAUCAAGUCCUGUAUGCACAUUAAAGCCAAAAAGUUCAGGCUUCAGGGAUGAAAUGGAAUCAAGUCCUGUAUGCACACCAAAGCCAAGAAAUUCAGGCUUCAGUGAUGGUGAAUCAAGUCCUGUACUCACAUCACGGCCUAGGCCAGACAUUGAAAAAGAUAGUAGUUCUGAGGAUAGUGACAGUGAAAGUGAAAACACCAUCACGAAUGCCGAAGAUGAUGAGAACUGGGAAGACAACAUUAAACAGGUUGAUGCUGGUCUGGCACAGACAUCGUUAACUGAUGUUUUCAAAUUUGCAGAGGUUUAUGACAUUCUUUCACCGCUGUCUAAUGAAACUCCAUCUGUAAUAGAACCUGAUGAUUGGUGCAAUGAAGAUGUGCAUCCUUCCACUCCGGUGCCGAACAAUGACUUUAUGCCAGUUACAGAGCCCCUAAAGCAGAAAAAAUCAGCUUCCUCAAAACUUGACUUGACAAACAAAGUCUAUAAAAGUAAAGAGUUUGUAUCCUCGUCAAGCUCUUCAGAUGAAAGUGACGAUUUUGAUCUACAGCACAGACAUCAACGCCUUAAAAGGAAAGUUGCUAGUGAUACAAAAGAUUCUGGUACUAAUGUUCUCAAAGAAAUAGUUGCUAGUGCUCCAAAAGAUACUGGUACUAAUGUUCUCAAAGAAAUAGUUGCUAGUGCUCCAAAAGAUACUGGUACUAAUGUUCUCAAAGAAAGAGUAGCUAGUGAUGCUAAAGAUUCUGGUACUAAUGUUCUCAAAGAAAUAGUUGCUAGUGCUCCAAAAGAUAUUGGUACUAUUGUUCCCAAAGAAAGAGUAGCUAGUGAUGCUAAAGAUUCUGGUACUAAUGUUCUCAAAGAAAGAGUAGCUAGUGAUGCUAAAGAUUCUGGUACUAAUGUUCUGAAAGAAAUAGUUGCUAGUGAUGCUAAAGAUUCUGGUACUAUUUUUCCCAAAGAAAAAGUUGCUAGUGCUCCAAAAGAUAUUGAUACUAUUGUUUCCAAAGAAAGAGUAGCUAGUGAUGCUAAAGAUACUGGUACUAAUAUUCUCAAAGAAAUAGUUGCUAGUGAUGCUAAAGAUACUGGUACUAAUGUUCUCAAAGAAAUAGUUGCUAGUGCUCCAAAAGGUACUGGUACUAAUGUUCUCAAAGAAAGUGGUGCUAGUGCUCCUAAAAAGAUCAAGUUGUCUAAACCUGAAUGUUUCGAUCUAGAUCCCAAAGCAACAUUGAACACUUUGUCUGAUUACUCUGUGAAGAAUACAAAUGUUUGUCCUGCACUUGCAAAGAACAGCAGCAAAUCCUUAGUGGUCUCUGACUCUGUGCUUAAAGCUGACCCAGUCAACUCACAUGUAAACCAGAUGUCUGUGCUCAAAACUGACCCUGUCAACUCACAUGUAAACCAGAUGUCAGUGCUCAAAGCUGACCCAGUCAACUCACAUGUAAACCAGAUGUCUGUACUCAAAGCUGACCCUGUCAACUCACAUGUAAACCAGAUGUCUGUACUCAAAGCUGACCCUGUCAACUCUCAUGUAAACCAGAUGUCUGUGCUCAAAACUGGUUCAGUCAACUCACAUGUAAACCAGAUGUCUGUACUCAAAGCUGACCCUGUCAACUCACAUGUAAACCAGAUGUCUAUGCUCAAAGCUGACCCAGUCAACUCACAUGUAAACCAGAUGUCUGUGCUCAAAGCUGACCCAGUCUCCAACAAACUUCCAGUUGGUAAAAAGAGAAAACUCACAUUUGAUUGGUCGUCCAUCUCAUUGACCCACAUCUUCAACUUUUUCACCAUUCCCCGACCUAUUUCACCACUUCCCUCCUCUCCCAUUGGUAAUGAAGAUAGCUGUGACUCUCUUGUGAAAUUUGACUCGGCCACUCCAACUAAUGUUAUCCGAGUCACUCCCAAGGCACAUCCUCAGCCUAGCACUCCAGCUGAUGUCCCACGAAUCAAUCUUGCGGCACGACUACAGCCUGGUAAUGUGAAAACCAAGGUCGAUAGUUUAUCCCACCAGAUCAUGGAGGCCAGGUCCAUUUUGGCCAAAAGGAAGGCGUCCAUACUCAUCAAACCCCAGGCAACCAGCUCUGCAUUUAAGACAGCCAAAUGUAAAGCAGAAUCAGCCAGCGAGACAUCAGACAAGCCUACGGGCCUGAAUACAGAGGAGAGAGGACCAGGCACAGGGCAUACGACGGUAAAGAGAAGGAUUCAAGACACAAGUAAUGUCACAGCACAGGAUACAAUUCGAGGCAAGGACAAGACGAAACAAACAAAACAAGACACAAUUAAGGACACGAUGAAGGAUGCAAGUCAAGACACUAUGAAAGACACAUUGAAGGAUGCCAGACAAGGGUUCAUGAAAGACACACUGAAGAAUACCAAACAAGACACAGUGAAGGAUAAAAAACAAGAAACAGUGAAGGUUACAAAACAAGACACUGUUAAGUGUACAAGACAAGACACUAUAAAAGACACAGUGAAUGAUACAAGACAAGACACUAUAAAAGACACAGUAAAGGAUACAAGACAAGACACUAUAAAAGACACAGUGAAGGAUAAAAAAGGAAACGCACUGAAAGACAUUUGGACUGCAAUAUUCAGCAGGAAAACCAAGUCAUCAGACAUUUUGUCCUUAUGUUCUUUGUUCACUCAGCAAUGUAAAGAUGCAGGUGAUCUGGACCAAGCAAGGAUUCUACUCUACAAGAUUGCCUGGUGUGGUUACCUUGACCUGGCUGGCUCAUUGCUGGCCAUUAUUGAACAGUGGCCUGCUGUCCUGACCUCAUCCUCCAUUUUUAGUGUCAUUAAAUUUAUCACACAUGACAAGUUGAAGGCAGAACCAGAGAGACUGAAACAGUUAGAAUACACAUUCGAAGGUUUGUACGAUUGGCGUAAGAUAAAAGUGGUCCAGACAGCUGAAGCUCUUUUAAAGUCAUUUCAAGAAAAGUUGAUGGCAACUGUAAAACUGGGAGACAGAGAUAAAGUCCAUGAACUAAGCCUGGCCAUGGAACUCCUGCUGGCCCACAAGGGAGAUAAAUGGUCUGAAGAUCAAUUUAUCAAAAGACUCAUUGUGUCUUCAACCAUGAAGUUUGUGGACAACAAGACAGCAGAGGAGACUGCAGCCAAGUCUGCAGUAGUGUCUUGUCUUCUGAAUAUAUUUAUAUCCGUCCAGAGGAUUCAAGCUUGUUCUCCAAAUACAGUUUCCAUUCUGGUCAGCCAAGUCUUGACUAAACUUAUACAUAAACAGUCUGAGGACAUGUCCCUGGAACUGUCUGUGGUGGAAGCAUUAAUAAGAGCAUCUCCGUACUGCCCAGUCAAGUGUCUAGAUCUAAUGAGGAAAUGGCAGGACACAAACAAGGGGAGAAUACCAGCGCACACCUUCAGUAAAUUACAGUUCGUCAGGUCAACGUUGAGCAAGAUGGUCCCUGGAAAGAAUAUAUGCAAAUCUUAGGUUAAGAAAGCUGUAAAUUAUAAUUUUAGGACUCUGGCAUUUGUCGCUAGUUAAAGGUUUUGAUAAGCAGUUUUUGUUACUGUGUAACAGUGUUGGAUAAAUGUGUUCUUGCUAUCAACUAACAUUUCAAAAUGUCAUAGCACUACAUAUUCUCAUUGAAAGAGCUGUGAAUCUGGGCUCAUAUUCUGACCUGACUUUGCUAUAAGGAAGGCAAAUCUGCCUUUCUAUUUUAAUUCUGAAGUAAACCAAUACUCUUGUGUCAAUCAGAAUCUCUAGUUCAAACCAUAUGUGUACAGCCUACUAUGUCUGCUUUCAGAUUUGGACUCUAGGAAUGUUUUCAAAUACUAGUUCCAAUCACCAGAUAACUUGGUAGCCACGAACUGGGCAACUAGCUUCAAUUUUAUCCAAAUAAAUCGCUCACAUUAAUACAAUUUUCUACAUUGUAUGUUGUGUUUUUGUUUUGUUAAUUGUAAUUGUUUUUUUUUUAAGGGGGUGGGGGGUUGUUCCAAUAAUUUGAAACUUAAAGGUCUAUUUCAAAGUGAUGCUGGAAAUUGCAAUAGAGUUAGAGUCUUUUGCUUUAGCAGCAAUAUUUUGAGCAUUCACUGACAAACAUCUUUGUCAGCCAAAUUUUUUGCCAUUAUCUGGGAACUCAUGGAGUGAGACUUGACAGUCUGUUACACUUAAGUUCAAUAUCUUUUAAAGGGACAAAUAUCUUUGUAAAUACAUAUUGAAGAUUCGCAGAGAACCUCCAUUCCAAGAGCAUCUUGUCUAGGUAAAGGUCACCUCAAAUUUACUUAAUCGAUUAAGUAAAAUUAGCAUAAGAUAAAAAAUAAUAUGAGUGCAGUGAAUUUGGAUACUAUUUUAUUCUGUGCCAAGGGCUGAAACUGUACAGAAUUGAUUAGUAAUAUGUCUGGCUGUAGAAUGUAAAUGGUUCAUUUUGUGUUGUUUAAACUCUGGACCCAUAAUGCUCACAAAUUGGGACCAGAAGUUUGGCUUUUAAAAACAUGAAUAAAAAGCCAAACAAACAAACUGUGUGCUUCCCCAGCCUUAGGUCCCCCCCCAUGAAGAACAAAGUUAAAUGCCUAGCCUAAAAUGCUUCGUUGCCUUUGUCUAUGCAAUGGCCAUGAGUGUGAGUUGCAGAUCCAAUAAUGUGUCACUUUGUUAAGUCUAUGCUCAAUUUAUUUAUUAGUAUUGUUUCAUGUGUGGUGUGUCCAGUAGAGCACCAAUGCAUGUUGAUGAUGUGCCCAAUGGAGCACGCCUAAUAGGAUGAUGUAUUAAAUGUAAAAUCUUUGUAUAUCUUUGAUAUUUUGUAUUUCUAUUAUAGCAAUGGACUCCCAGGCAGGGUGUAUGUCUAACAUGCAAUGGUUAAUAUCACUGUAGUUUCAAUUGUUUUCUGAUUGGUCUAGAACUGUGUGAUGACCAGUUCAUAUUGCUUUUAGUUUUCUGUUGAUGUUUCAUACUUUUGUUUUUAAUUCUCAGAAAUGUUUUUAUGUAGCACAGACUUCAACCAAUGUUCAUUGUUCACUUUGUCACAUAAUAAAGAG